AUGGUUGGUUAUGGCGAAACUAUUAAAGGAUAUAGAAUAUACUUCUCACAUAGGAAUGAUGUAGAACUCAAACGAGAUGUAGUUUUCUUAGAAAAAGAUCAAAACUAUAGUAAAAUCGAGGAAAAAUUGAACUAUACAGAAGAAAAUAAUGACAAAAGUAAUGAGUUGCAUAAUGAAUCGGAAACUACAUCAGCGAAUCUCAAUGAAACUAUGGUGAUUGCGAGUAUGUCCGAAGAGUCUGGAUCUGAAUACGGUCCAUGUGAAUCAAGUAACUACUCAGUCGAACCGAUUGAUGAGGUCUGCCAAAGAGAACCCAGCAAACGAAUUAGGAAUCUACCUGUUUACUAUUAUUGCCAAAAUGUGCAUACCGAACAAUGUGAACCUGUCACUUAUGGUGAGGCUAUGGUGAUACCGGGAGUAAUAGGUCAGACUCCACCAAGUGCUGUUGAUACCUCCACGUCUGCAGAAAUACCCAACGAUCCAGUUACUAAUGAAUAA